CAAUUUUAAGCGAAGAAAAUGAUCACUUCCGGUUAUCCUCACAUGCGAUACAGUCAAGAUGGCGCCCUCCAAGGCAAAGCGUUCACGAGAACCUUGUGUUAUUCCAGGGGGAUUUACAGUGCUCCCGCUGAAGUUCAGUACGGACAGCGUCAGCUGCCACAGUGUGUGUGUAAAGGAGCACAGAGUUCGGGCCGAAAAAAAUACAAACAGACCGCUUGACAGGACGUUGUUUGCGAUCAACAUUCCACCAUACUGCUCAGAGGCGGUGGUGAGGGACCUGUUCUCGCAGUUUGGGCCGAUUCAGUCUGUGGAACUGAGGGAGCGGCCCGGUACCGCCGAGCCCGCAGAAUCAAAACUGUCAAGAUAUUUCACACCAGCACAGAAAGAGGGAUUUAAAGUAGGUUACAUUGUCUUCAAAAGUGGCUCCGGUGUGACAGCUGCCAAGUCCCAUCCCGCUGACGCUCCACUGGUCGUCUCCACAGAACAGCGGCCUGUCAGGACAGGCUUGAAGAAAUGGAUACAUCAGUACAGUAACUCGUUAAUUCAACCAGACAAGCUUCAAGCAGACGUUGACCGCUUCAUGCAAGAAUAUGACAAAAAGAAAGAGGAGUCAGAACAAAAGAAGAAAGAAGCAGAGAAGCAGCAGGAGGAGGACGAGGAGGGUUGGGUGAAGGUCACAAGGGGCGCGCGAGGGAGCAAGGCCCGCCCUCACAGCGAGGCAGCCAACCAGAAAGCUCUGCAGAGGGAAAGCAGGAAGAAGAAGAGGAAGGAGCUGCUUAACUUCUACACCUGGCAGCACCGAAACACACAAAGAGAGCACAUUGCUGAGCUUAGGAAAAAGUUUGAGGAAGAUAAACAGAGGAUUGCAGUGCUGAGAGCACAGAGGAAAUUCAAACCUUAUUGACUUGGUAUCCCAUAAUCCUCUGCUUUUCCAUCUGCACCGUCUUUUUUCCAGAGCUACCGGUUGUCCCUGACUUACUAACAUUUACUGUGUGUCAGUGCAUGCUAUCCUUUAUAUUAAAAUGAAAUAGGAAAAAAUUCA